AUGCCUGGGGUCCGCACGGGCAUGGAAGUCAGCAACACCCAUCGCGGCGCUGCCAAACAACCAAACAACGACAGCAUUGCAGUGCAGUCUGCUGUCAAAGACGAGGACGGCAAUGACGACAUCUUCGCAGAAAGCGACAGCGACGAUGGGUACGAGUACAAACCGCGACCAAAGCUGCCACAGCCCAAUGUUCACAUGCGAAGCUUGGGAAGUCUGAUAAAGGAACUGGAGAGCGGUGCGAUCGAUGUCGACCCGGAAUAUCAACGUGAGGUUGUCUGGACAGCCGAUCAAAACUACUACAUCCCACCCAUUAUUCUGAAUAAGAAACGGAUUAAUGGAACAGAUGGUACACCACGUGACGUUCUUGUCUGCGUGGACGGAAAACAACGACUUUCCUCUGUCAGGGCAUUCGUCAAAGGCAUGAUUCCUUGCCAUGAUCACAAAGGCGAAAAGUGGUGGUUCUGUGAGACGCCUAGCAAUAAACGCAAAAAGGUGCUUCCUUCGGACAUUCAAAAGUCCUUCUUGGAAAAAGACUUUGUGGCCUUUCAGUUCGCAGAGCUUACGCCAGUACAAGAAGAAGACCUUUUCGCUAGGGUCCAAAUGGGUGUGCAGCUCACUUUAGCUGAGAGGAUGCGCGCGAAACAAGGCCCAUGGCAAGAACUAGCGAAGCUUUUCGUGGAAGACUUCCCUAUGAUCUACGACUUGAUGAAGGAUCGAGCUCGAGCGAAGGACUUCCAACUCACUCUGUCUUGCUUCAGCCAAAUUCUGGAAGUACAGCAUCCGACUCCUGCAACUGGCAUUCCAGUGCUGAGGACAAGCCAGAGUUUAAUCCCAAAGUUGCUGAACAACACCGGCGCUGUAGACGAUGCGCUCAAGUCACAUCUUGCAAGCGUCUGGACCACCUUCAAAGACCUUAUUGCCUUAGAUCCCGACACUUUCACGAAUGCCGACAGGCAUUUGAGUGGUGUACAAACCUUUGCGCCCAUCGAAAUGGUGGCCGUCACCGUCCUUAUCUCUAUGUAUUCGGAAACGCGCAACAAUGAACUAUUGCUAGGCGAUAUCAGAGCGCUCCGAGAAGCCUUUCGCGAGCAGUUUAAGGACCUUCGAUUGUCUGCGCCAAUGUGGAAGUUUGCCUGGGACUUUAUAGAAAACCUGGAGGGAAUUCGAGGUGCGGUGGAUGGCACUACGAUAGACCCCGACGCCGUCUACUUCAAGAACGAAAACACUAUCAUCUCCUACUUCCGCCGUUUCGAGGAAAAGGGUAGCACCCUUGGACAAGCCGCUGUCCAUACUGCCACCACGCGAUUCGAUCAUCGCAAGGGAGGAGACACAACCUAUGCCCACAGCACCGAAGCGACAGCGGACUGA